AAAGAAGCAACAGUGGUCGGUSUAAUGUAUAUAUACUAGAUUAUGUACCUGAUUCAUACAUUGCAUGGCUGGUCAGUAYAUGUACCGUCUAUGUCCCAGCCAACUUGGUGAAGUUCUUUGGCGCUAUAGUCUUAAAUUUCAUAUCUACACACAAAASUGCCAAGCAAAGUGCCGGCGAUGUAUCAGCUAUGUUAUAACACCCACAUUAAGUGAAGACGAGGAUGACGGCAAUGAAGAUGCUUUAGCAUGGGAUGACUCGGCUAUUCCUGUUGGUGGUGGUAGUACUCCAGUUACUGGGUCAUUUGUACCUGCCAUUGGUGGUCCUUUUUCUGCACUAACACCAAGUAUGUGGCCACAAGACAUACUAUCUAGGAUWCAACAGACAGAGGAUUCAGGUAACAGACCAGAGGGACAAUAUGACGAGUUUGGGUUCAUCAUGGAUGGAGCAGAUUUAGAGCAUGAGUACAAAGACCCUGAUCCAGGGAACUUUGUAACCAAUGAAGAUGAAGGGUUGCGUCUAACUUUUCCUCGAUCUGAGAAGCUUAGAGAGCUAGUGUUCUCUGGUAUACCACACAGCAUGCGAGCACCAAUGUGGAUGAGAAUAUCAGGAGCAUUGCAGAAGAAAAUCAAUGCAGAAUUUACAUACAAACAAGUUGCCAGAGCCAGCUCUGAUGAAAACUCACUCACUGCUAAACAGAUUGAAAAGGACCUUCAGCGUACAUUGCCCAACAAUGCUUGCUUCUACAAGCAAACAAGUAUUGGACUGUUGAGGUUAAGGAGAAUCCUGAGAGGACUAGCCUGGCUUUAUCCAGAUAUUGGUUACUGUCAAGGGAUGGGGAUGAUCGUGGCUUCAUUAUUGUUAUUUGUUGAAGAAGAAGAUGCUUUCUGGCUGAUGUGUACUGUGAUAGAAGACCUGAACCCGCCAUCAUACUUCUCUAGUACCCUAAUUGGUGUACAGGCUGACCAGAGAGUAUUGAGACAGUUGAUUGUUAGCUACYUGCCUCACACCGAUGAACAGCUCAAGGAGCAUGAUAUUGAACUGUCGUUAAUAACCCUGCACUGGUUCCUUACGGCAUUUGCAAGUGUGGUACACAUGAAGAUAUUACUGCGUAUAUGGGAUGUCUACUUCUAUGAAGGUUCUGUCACUCUCUUCAGGAUCACACUGGGCAUGCUCAAACUCAAGGAGCAGGUUAUUCUAACUCUGGAUAAUUCUGCUCAAAUCUUUAACGCAUUGUCUGAUAUUCCUGGUGACAUAACUGAUCCUGAACUUUUGAUAAAGGCAUCUCAAAAGGCUUCUGCAUCUCUCACUGAAGUGAUCUUAGAUGCACACAGGAAAAAACAUCUUGCCUUCCUUAUGGCUGAUCUGGGAGUUCURGUGGACAAAGAUUCAGGCAAACAUUUAACACGACAUCAAGUAAAUCGACGUCAGCUAAGCACACAUCGUUCAUUUUUUAAUUUAUUAUUUGGUAAGGGACAGAAGUCUGAUGGGAGGAGUCAGGGAGGGAAUAUCCAGAGGCCUAUUGAAUUCGUGGCAGACCUUAGAGAAGCCAUUCUACAUAUUGCCAAACAUUUUGAUGCUAUUGAUCCUAAAAAGGGUCUUGAGGUGGAUUACUCAAUGGAGAGUCAUGCUAGAGAUCAUGAACGCUUUGUCAGUGUAGCAAGGAAUAGAAGAAGAAGAGCAAAAGCUUUGCUUGACUUUGAAAGACAUGAUGAUGAUGAGUUGGGAUUCAGAAAAAAUGACAUUAUUACGAUCAUUUCUCAAAAAGAUGAGCACUGCUGGGUUGGGGAGCUGAACGGUCUUAGAGGUUGGUUUCCUGCAAAGUUUGUGCAGAUAUUAGAUGAACGAAGCAAAGAGUAUUCAUCUGCUGGUGAUGACUCAGUAUCUGAGACUGUUACAGAUCUUGUGAGAGGAGGUCUGUGUCCUUCACUAAAGAGUAUCUUUGAGCAUGGAAUGAGGAGACCUUCAAUCCUGGGUGGACCAUGUCAUCCAUGGYUAUUCAUUGAAGAGGCUAGUCAGCGGGAGGUGGAGAGAGACUUUCAGUCGGUAUACUCCAGGCUGGUGCUGUGUAAAACAUUUAGACUUGAUGAAGAUGGUAAAGUUCUUUCACCAGAAGAAAUUCUCUACAGAGCUGUACAGUCAAUCAAUAUGAGCCAUGAUGCAUCAGGGUCACAGAUGGAUGUCAAAUUCAGAUCGUUAAUGUGUUACGGACUCAAUGAACAGUGUUUACAUCUCUGGCUAGAAUCGUUGUGUGCGUGUGAAGACACAGUCGCAAAAUGGUAUCAUCCCUGGUCUUUCCUGCGAAGUCCUGGGUGGAUACAGAUAAAGUGCGAACUAAGAAUGCUUUCCUCCUUUUCCUUCAAUUUGAAUGUAGACUGGGAACUAACCAAUGAACCAAAGGUUGUUGAAUCAGUCAUUGGUGAUGAAAAACAUAUGCAGGUGACGCAGCCAAUGAAGGAUGGCGUACGAGACAUGUUGGUCAAACACCAUCUUUUCAGCUGGGAUCUCUAAGAACUGCCAAUCAAAGAUAAUAUUAGGGAGUAUUAAAAAUUAGCCGAUAGAUUAAAGGGAGGGAAUAAAUUGCUGCAAUUGGGUUCAAAUAAUAUGAAGAGUAAGUUAUCAGCAGCUGGGGCAAAAAUAUUUAUUACAACAUGAUAUUUGGAAAAUAAAUAUCAUAAUAGAUCUAUAAACUAGAUAUUAUUAUUAUUAUUAUUAAAAUUAUUAGCUAGACUUCAAGUCAAUAUAUCAGCAAUCAUAAUUCACUUAAAUGCAAUUAUAAUAUACGUAAGUGAGAGGUUAGGAUGGAUAAAGCCCUGUUUACACUGGUGCUUUUUGGGGCAAUUUUCGGAAAUAUGAAAUAUUUUGUCUCAUCCUUCAAAAGAGACAUUCGUCUAGGAAAAUCUUGGUAUCCUGAAAAAAACUUUACAAGUGAAUUCUUUAUCAUUAUUUAUUAUGGACAAUAUCGCAAAAAAAUCGCAGCAAAAAUCGCCGCAAAAAACGCUAGUAUAAACGGGGCUUAAAAGUUUGGCCUGGAGCAUGAUGCCAAAAGUUUAUUAGGAUACUACACGCAUCAGCCCUUGCUUUAUUUAAAUUUUUUUUUUUUCAAAGAUCUAUGCCAUAUAGCAUUCUGUAAUAAACCUUUCCUAGGAAAUUUACGAAAUUUACGUAAAGAAUAUGACCCACUAGGUCGUUGGGUUAAUUGUGUGCUCUUGGCCAACAACCUGACUGGCUGAUUUCAAAAGAGCCACGUGCCAAAAGUGCACUUUCUGAUUGACUAAUACCUAYGUUUUGGCAACCAAUUAGAACGUUUUAGCUUCAUGUGUUCASAAUUAGAUGCGAGACUGUAUACUGACAGUAAACGUAUGAACACAUAAGUCCAUCACUUGACUUGGAACACUUGUUAUAUGGUUCUCACUCAAAUGAAUACAGGAAAGGUCUAUUAUGAAGCGUUAAAUGUUGAUCAGAAUAUAAAAGAUUUUUUYGUAGUUCAUUGAGCAUUUUUUUCAUGUACAAGUUUCUGAGAGGGAAAAAACUGCCCAAUGAGAGACAUAAAUGAUAUUUAAUUGGUAGUUGUUUAUUAUUUGCACAGGAAAAAAAACCGGAUUACCAAAUUGGGAAUUUGUUGGGAACUUCCUUGAAUUCCCAAYGAAUUCCCAUCCAAUUCCCAGAGAGAGAACGAAAAUUGGGAACUUUUUGGGAACCAAUGUUAGUUUGUUGGGAAUUUUGUUUUUCUAUUGGGUAUUAGAAAGAAAUUCCCAACAAUAAAUUCCAACGUUGGUGUUCAAAUUGGGAAUUCAAGGAAAUUCCCAAUAAUUCCCAAUUUGGGAAUCCGGUUUUUUUUCCUGUGUUGGGAGUUGAAUGGGAGUAAUUCCUAAUGCUUCACUCAAAUUCAGGUUGCAACACAACACUGACCCUUGUGUCAGACAGAAUUCAUUGGAGUUAAAAGGGUGUAAGAGGGUGUGAGAUAGGUCAUUGCAAGAUAAUAGCUGAAAUAACUAGUGUUUCUUAUUAUUAUCGUUAUCAAGAACACAGAGGUURGUGUUAGUUAAGAUAUUAUUUAUAGCCUGCACUACUCGGCAGUCUGGGAUGUUGCAAAGACAAGACUGCAAAUUGCCGAACAACACAUGUACGGGCAAAGAUAUUUAAUGUUCUAAGUAGGCAACAAAACCUUUUGAAACACCUCCAGUCAAUUAUUUCUGUUUAGCGGUUUGCACAUAUUUUCUUUCCAUCUUGGAAUGACCUAUCACCCACCCUUUUCCUUUGGCUCUAAYGUGACAAACUUUGAAAUAAGUAUAUACAUUUAAAGGGACCUCAGACUACAUUAAUCAUUCAAAUAUUUAGUGGAAGAAACCCACCUGUAUUCAAACUUUUGUCUAAAGUCUAUAAUAACMAAUGCAUUAUCAAGAAAUGUUUCUAUAGACACCAAAUAUUGGAACAGUAAAUUAUUAUAAACACUGCCUCCCCACUCCCCAAAGACUUCCCUGUCUUCUGUAAGGGGCUGUGUGAAGGCAGAAUAUAUUAUAACAGUAGGUAUAUAAAGUAGGAAAGUCGAAAUUGCUUUUAGGACAAAAGAAAAUUGCUGAGAAUCUGUAGGAAGUAGGUAAGAAAAUGGGAAAUAAUUUUAAUGGGGAAUUUCAAAUCGGAAAGCAAUUCUUGCUUAUCAGAAAGACGUAGUCAUAAUGGGAAACAUCUUGAUGCAUGAACUAGAAAAAUGACUUCAACAACAACGAAAAGACUGUAACUAUCUUUGUUUAUCAAUCACCUUUAGGGAUUUUCAGUGAUAAUCAAUUUUUUAAAUCCAUUAGAGCAGUUUUUGGUGUGACUGAAAAGGUCAUGGCUUGAACAUCAGGUCGUGACACUGUAAGGCACAUUCCAUGAGAAUUUACUCUCCAUCCAAUCAAAUGUCUGAAACACGGCAUUAACAUGCCAUAGAUAUAGUCACGCCAUAGACAUGGUCACGCCAAUGUCACAGAACUACCAAACCAUUCAAAUUAAAUAAAAAAUCCUCCAAUCAAAAUUCUAGAAAAUUUCAUGCAUAUACAGUACCAACUAUUUCAGUCAUAUGAAAACUGCUUUAUGUCUGCAAGAGAUCCACUGUGAUAUACCUCUUGAAUUGCCCUAUUUCACUAUGACGUCACAUCAAAACAAUCUAUCGUUUAAACACAAAGGAUCAUGAUUGUUGGAGGGGGUCAAAUGAACGCAAAUUCACCAAAAAUUGUUCUAUAACCCUUAUCAAUCCACAAAGAGAAGUAGAAUAGCCAGCAAAUGCUCAGAAUAUUUCUAAAUACAUAUUAACACAAAUUAUAUCUGAAAACCAGGUCAUUUUAGAUUAAAUUGUUUCGCUAGGAGCAAAUUUUGUUGAAUUUCUAUUGGAUUUGGUGAUUCUAUCCCCACUUAAACAAGCAGUGACAUAGUGAAAUAGGGCAAUUAAUAAGGGGUCAUUUUAUCAUUUUGGUACAGGACAUUAGUGGAGUAGCAUCUGGUACAAGCCUAAGUAAUUAAAUAAAUAAUCUAUCCUUGCAAUAUAAUUAACUCAACAUUGCUCUUAAUUAAUGAGAAAAAAAAUAUUUUGUAAAUAAGUUGGUAUUUUUUCACCUAUAGAUGUGACUUCAAAUUUUUAAUUUCCAUUGUGUUGAGAAAAUUAUUAAUGGCAAUUAAAAUCAGUAAGACAAAGCUA